GCAGAAACGUGUCGCGGGAUAAGACUUACCUAAACGGAUAAUCCUACCAUCUAUUCUACUCUUUUGAACCCAUAUUCUACCACUUCUUUGUCGCCUUUCAUAGUAGCCAAGAUGGCUUCUGCCGACGUGGCUUCCUUCAUAGGAGAGUUAACUGACAUGGGCAUUUCAUUCAUAACACCGACAGACCGUGAUUGGCCUAUAUAUUCAUCAACCUAUAACCUGCGCCUCCCAGUCACCCCUGCUGUUGUUGUUCUUCCAUUCAUAGUCAAACAUAUCAGCAAUGCCAUUACUUUGGCAGGCAAACAUGGAUUCAAAGUGCAAGCCCGAUCUGGCGGGCACUCAUAUGCCUCCUACAGCAAUGGAGGCGUGGAUGGUUCUGUGGUAAUAGACCUCGGAGAAGUUCAAUUCCGAAGCACCUCGGCUUCAGGCGACCUCUACUGUGUUAUAGUUGGUAGCGGUAUGCGAUUGGGCGAGUUGGCUCAAACCAUUGACCAACGUACGGGCUGGAAACGCGCUCUUCCUCAUGGCACUUGCGCAAGCGUUGGGGUCGGCGGGCAUUUCACACACGGGGGAUAUGGAUUCUUCUCCCGUGCUUGGGGUCUUGCCAUGGAUCGCAUCGCAAAGAUUAAGGUGGUAUUAGCAAACGGCCAACUGGUCCUUGCUGAUGAAAACCAGAAUCAAGAUCUAUUCUAUGCGAUGCGAGGCGCAGCUGACUCCUUUGGCAUCGCUGUAGCAUUUUAUCUUAAUACAGAGCCUGCACCCGAAUCCGUCAUACAUUGGGACUUUAAGGUUAGCGAUGCAACAAAAAGCAUCGAGAGUGCCGUCAGAGCCUUUCAGCAUAUCCAAACAUUUGUUCACGAUAACUCUGUCGUCGACCGCCAGUUGGGGCUCAAUGUGACUCUAUCAUCGGACUAUUUCGCAGUAGGGGGUACCUACUUAGGAUCUCGCAAUGAUUUCGUACGAAAGGUCAUACCAGCAUUGCUAGAAGGCAUUCCCGAGUUCCCAACUAUUGAAGUCAAGCAGGUAGAUUGGGCAACGUCUCUCAAGCUACUCAACCAAGGCCGAGAACUAGACUCUCCGACGGAUUUCUUAGAGCAUGCCAAUUUCUUCGCUAAGAGUGUUACCAUACCCGAGCCGGGUUUUACUACCGAAUCGCUGACGGACUUCUUCACAUACCUCCUCGACCAAGGCGCACGCGCGCCUAUCUCGUACUUCAUCUUAGUAGACUUGUACGGUGGCGCCGACAGCCAGAUCAACGCCAAAGAUCAGAGCUUCUCCGCCUUUGCACACCGUGAUGCUCUGUGGGUCACCCAACUAUACGGCUAUGUUGACAACGAGCAAGUAUUCCCACCGGAAGGUCUCGACUUCAUCAACGGACUAGCAAGCGCUAUGACAGCGCGCCUCCCAAGUUACGGCGCGUACUCUAAUUAUACCGAUCCGAGUCUGCCAAGAGAAGAAGCAAAUGAUCUAUACUAUGGUAAAGAACUUCACAAGAAGCUAAAGCAGUUGAAAAGGGUUCUAGAUCCGAACAACGUUUUUGCGAAUCCCCAAUCGAUUGAGGGAUAGGGGGUGGAAGCACAUGUCCAAUUGAGGCGCUGUCCCUUUUUUUCUUCUCUUUAGCAGGCUGAUGUACAAUUGAGUUUUCGCGUUAUGCAUGGCGUUGGGGAUUAUGAAAGAAAUCUGAAAAACAGAUGGAUACGGUACUUGAGAGAGCUAAUUUGUUCCGUGACGUAUGGCUUCGAAAUUAGUCUUACUGGCAAUUAUUUCGUCAUGGUGCUAGUUAGGGGUCUUAGCCAUACAUAUCUAAUAAUAGAACCGCUCUGUUUUAUGAAAAUACUUUCACAUGUGAUAACUACUUGAUGAAUUUUGUGCUUCAGUAAAUUUGAACAAUGUUUGAAGAAAUGGC